AUGCAAUUAUCAAUUACUCAUAACUUAUUUGUUAUUUCAUCAUUUUUAAGAAUAUUUGCAACUCUUACUAUUGUUCUCUUACCAUCUUAUUAUAUGCUUAUUUUCUUUUUCUAUUCUUUUUCAAUUCUUAGUCUUGUAUUUUCUUAUUCAUUAGAAAUUACAACAACUCAUUUAAAAAGAUUAUUUAUUUUAUGGGGAUUUAGUCUUUCAAUUUUAUUAAUGAUUUAUGGUAUUUAUCAUUCAUUCCCAUUCAAUAAAAUUAUUUUUUCAAUCUUCAAGUAUUGUUUAUUAGUUCUUUCAAGUGUAUUUGGUUCUUUAUUAUUGUAUUAUCUUCCAAAUCAAUAUCUACAUUCAAAUGAUAGUUCAGUCCCUUUCUUUGAAUCAGAAACAAGUGAUUUAAGUCUUUUAGUAAAUGAUGAUUAA